GUGGCUAAUAAACCAGUAAAAAGGAACUUUAUAUUAUAAUCUGACCUCCUUUUUAUUAUUACUUGCUUUAAAGUAACUAACCAUUUUUAUAACAUACAAUUACCUCGUUGCAUUACCAUAAUAGGACCCUCCUGUAAUCAGAGAAAAACAUUAAAGGACAACCAGAAGUAUCAAUGUCCAGUCAAUUAAUUUGUCUUGUUGAGGCUUAUAAGCAGUUUAAUAGAAUUUGCAAGAAUUGCCACAUUUAUACAGAUUAAUAUAUUGAUUGGUAAUUGAUUGAUUUAAUAAUUGAUGGUGAGGAAAAUAAAAACUCUAAAUAGCUGAACUAUCUUCCUGAUUAAGAAUAAUGGCAUAUUCUGUUAAUUUCAGAGAAGGCAGGACAAGUUCAGAACAGUCAGUUAUUACCCCCAUGAGGUCCGAAUGUUGUCUGAAAAAGAUCUCUCUCAAAGAUGGGCUUGGUCCAAUUUUGGUCUUCUGUCCUUUUGACUCGGCGAAGGAGCGUUUGUCAGCUUCUGCCCAGAUGAGAGGGGGAUCGUUAGAGCCUGGUCCUGUUGCUUCUCGCUGUCCUUCCUCCAGCRGUUGACACGAAGACCCUUUGCUGUGGGUCAGCUUGGCCUUUUAUCCUUCCUCUGUGGCCUUUCCUCCUCCCCUUCUGGUGUGAUCAUGUGUCCUGUGUUUUUCCCCGGUACUUCCCAAAAUGAAGCAACUCUGCUGACCUUCCUCUUUUUGGGGCCCUUGGGUACCUUCUUUUUUUCUUUUUUUUUUACUCUCUGUGGUAUCAAAGUCCACAUCUCGUUGUCAACAUGUUAAGAGAGGCCUUGGCUGCAUCAAGUUCAUGCUCCUAUUUGUGGAAUUAAAGAAGAGAGGCACCAUGACUGAAYGAAAGAGGAAGUGGGUGCUCUCUGGUCGUCAGAAAGGGGAAGUGUGCGCUCCCUGACAGUUAGAAAGAGGAAGCGUCGCUCAGCUUACAUGAGUUUCACACUGUUUUGCAAUAACUGCCACUCACUCUUACAGACUGACUUUACACAGUUCACUUACAUUUCUCUAACUUCCUAUCUGCUCUAUUCACCAUCUUCCAUUUAAAACAUAAAAAUCACAAAUUCCAAAUCAUUAUGCAUCACAGUACAUUAUUUAAAAAGAAUCACAGUUAAAAAUAAUCAUUGAUCAGGUUACAUACAUUUUUCUAAGCAUUAAAAUUGAUUAUUUUGAUUCAWUAUUUUCUCCUCCUGUCUCCUCAACCUCUUGGCCUCUUUAUCCUCGUUUUUCUUCUGGUGUCUUCUUUUCCUGUCCAUCCCUUGCUUUUGCAGUGGUGAAAACUCCUUGGGCUUGAUUCCAGAAUUGUGACUAUCCUGGAUUGCAGGCCCCCUUGACAAAGUUUACUUUAAUAUAGUUUUAACUUGCUGUAAAUAAGGUGUAAAACUCAGGCUGGAAAGAAGUUACAUCUUUUUCGACAUUUUUAAAUCUGUGUUUUUGCUACGUUACAUUAUAGACUAAAUAUAAACAACGAAGAUGUGGUUUUACACCCAGAUGGAAGAUGUUUUAAACCAAAACAAGAUUUAAGAGGGACAGUUUUUGGUGGGCGAUGAGUUUCAUUGGGCUGGAGGAUGAGGACGAUGAAGAUGCAGACACUCAAUUCAUGAUUGAGCAGAGUCUGUUGGAGAGCAGCAAACAGAGCGGACCCCACAGAGAGCCCACCAGCAGACCAGACAAACCCAGUCUUCGGAGUUCGGAGCCUUCAGGCAGCACCAGGAUCUUCUCUGCGAUAAAACAAGGAAACGAGAAGCUCCUGAAGGAUCUGAGUGUUGGACACAAAGAGCAGCUGCUGCAGGCGGACAGCCGAGGCUGGACUCCUCUGCAUGAGGCUGCAGCUCAGAGCAACCAGACGGUCCUGAAGCUGAUAUAUGAAGCUUCAGGCCCAGACUCUUUGGAGAGGCGGACCSUCCGCGGUCAGACGCCCCUCUUCCUGGCCGUGGAACGAGGUCUGAUGGAGAACGUCUCGUUCCUCCUGGACCGUGGAGCUGAGCCGGACUGCCAGGACCAGGACCAGGACUCUCCUCUGUUUGUAGCGAUCCGUUCGGARCACGCGGACCUGGUGAGGCUGCUGCUCCUGUGUGGAUCCAGCGUGAACCAGGUGGGCUGCCACGGCCGCCGGCCCCUCCACGAGGCCUCCAAGCUGGGUAAAACCAGCCUGGUGACCCUGCUGCUGGGGGCCGGCGCGCACCCCGACCCCCGCAGCAARUACGGGCUGACGCCUCUGGCCCUGGCUGCUCAGGGGGGGCACUUGGAGGUGGUGGACAUUCUGCUGAGGAAAGGAGCAGACGUCCUCUCUCAGGCCCACGACGAGGCCUCCGUCCUUUAUGAAGCCGCCGUCUCAGGAGAUCCGGCCGUCGUGGCUCUGCUGCUGGAACAUGGAGCCGAUGCCAAUGUGUCCAACCACACCGGACACAUGCCCGUCCACCGCAUGGCCCACAGAGGACACCUUCAAUCCUUACAGCUGCUGCUUCCUGUUACGUCCAUGUCAGACGUAAACGACAGCGGGAUCAGUCCUCUUCACUCUGCGGCUGCUGAGGGACACGCUGACUGCAUCCAGGUGUUGCUCUCCGCCUCGGCAACUACGAGUUGAUCAACUUGUUGCUGCGAUACGGAGCCAACGUGAACUACUACUGCAGGAUCAACACCACGCAUUUCCCCUCGGCGCUGCAGUACGCCUUCAAAGACGAGGUGAUUCUCAGGAUGCUGUGUAACUAUGGUUACGACGUGGAGCGCUGCUUCGACUGUCCGUACGGUGACGGCUCCCACGUCCCUGAAGACUACGAGGGCUGGACCUGCUCCGUGAUCAAAGACACUCUGUUCUGUGAGGUCAUCACCCUCUCCUGGCUCAAGCACCUGUCGGGUCACCUUGUCCGGGUCCUGCUGGACUACCUGGAUCACGUGAAACUGUGCUCCAAACUGAAGGCGGUUCUGAUGGAGCAGCAGCAGUGGGCCGACAUCUGCAGAGUGCAAGAAAACGCUCGCUGCCUGCAGCAUCUCUGCCGUCUGAGGAUUCGUCGGUGUCUGGGUCGGCUCCGGCUCCGCUCCUCGGUCUUCAUGAGCUUUGUGCCGCUGCCGGAGCGGCUGAAGGACUACGUCCUGUACCGAGAGUACGAGCUGUGGAGCCCGCCGGGCUGAGGUCCAGAGACAGCAGGCUCAGCUGGUUUGUUAGGAAAUAUAUCAGAAAGUUUGUAAGAUUUAAACAAACUGACCUUAGGAGGACUCUGUGUUAUCUUUGCUGUGUGAAAAUGAAACUUUAUUUUCUGAAAUGCUAAAAAAUAAUAAGAUAAAAAAGGUGAAGAAUUGCAGAAACUAGUUAUUUUGCAGUCAGGACUGAUGCUGGACAUUAAAAAUCUAUAGGGGGACAUGACAGGUUAAUAAGUACAAGUACCCAGUAAAAACCCUAAAUGAAUCCUCUAAGUACCUCUUCAAUAUGUACCCUGUAAUACCCUGUAGAUACUGGAGUACCUCAUAAGUGUCUUUCAGAUAUGUAGCAUUUUCCUCUACAGAUACAACACAGUAAACYUGUAAAUCCCCCUGUAUUUACCCUGCAAAUCCCUUGUCAUUACCGUUUAAGUACCCAACAAGUACCUUUAUGUGUACCCUGUAUGUACCCCAUGUAAAUACUUUAUGUAUCCUAUUUGCACCCCCUCAAUUCCCCUGUAUGUAUAUCAGUGAGUACCUUUGUUAGUAGCCUGUAUGUAUUUCUUUAGGUACAUUGUGGGUAUUUACAUCUUUUGUACCAUUGUUAGUAUUCUGUAAUUACUUUUUAGGUACCCCUAGAACUUAACCUGUAAUUAUCCUGUAAAAACCCUUUGUGUACUAAUAUAUGUAGCAGUUACCCAGUAAUUUACCCCAUGUAAGUACCCUUUUAAGUACUUGUAUGUAUCCUGUAUACACAGUUUACUUUUUGACCAUGUUGAGUCUCCAGCAGCCCAAAAGCCUUUUAAGUUACAAUAAAUUGGGUUUUUAUCAUUUCUUUACAGAUCGUUAUGUCUCUUUAUUUCAGGUUUUAUUUGUGACAAUAACUGUAUUCCAGUAGAAGUCAAUUCAAAUUUUAUUUACCAUUUAUGAGAAAAAAAAUAAACUGAUUGUAGUUCAUCAGCACCCUCUGGUGGCUAACACCUGAUACUGCACUUUAUUUAUACGGAAAGCUGAUUUAAAAACUAAAGCAAUCUGUGCUACAAAAACAUUUAAUCUUAAAAUCAAUCUAUAUUCACUGAUUAAAGACUAAUGAAUUUUUUAAUCCCAAAAAAACUAUUUUUCUGUAGCUCCACACAUCUCAGCUGCAGCAGCACAGCUCCACUGAUGAUGGCUUAAUUAGGUUACCUCAUUAAUCGCCAUGGAAACCUCCAUCACAGCAGCCAGCUGCUCGUUAAUUUCAAAUUGUUCUGGACCACAUCAGACAUCCAGAACCAUUAAAGUUCAAACAAAAUGUUUCUGAGCUCUGCGGUGUAGAAACACACGACAAAKUGAACGUCUUACUGAUGAGUUUUAAAUGUAAAUAAAUUAAUCAGGGAGGCUUUUGAUCCUCCUGCUGCUCAUAAACACCAACAGAACCGGUGGACUUCAUCCUCUUGGCCCUAAAAUUUGUUUUACUAAAAGGGAGCUUUAUAAAAUAAACACGGAAAAGCUUAGUCUUUUUUUUAAAUCAAGUUAUAAACAGUAGGAGGUAGCAGGAAUUUCCAGAACCAUUUAUCAGAUUUACUGUUUAUAUAAAAAUAUAUUUAGUGUCUAACAGAAGAAAUCUGACAGGAAGGAGUAAUUGCAGGGAUUUAGUUUGACUUUAAACAGAUGUGAAAAAAUAAAGAUGAGUUUAGUGCCAAUUUUUAAACUAAGAUCAAAUGUUGAGAAAUAAUGGAGUUGUAGCUGUUUUUUUUUUUUAAAGUAGAUUAGCUGUGGCAGCUGUCUUAUCAAAAUCAAGCCAGUGGUURGCAGGAUAUUUUGCUAACAGACACACAGCAAUGCAUUUCAGGUGAGAAUUACAACACACAAAAAAAGAAGGCAAAAAAUAGCUUGUGGAAAGAUUUAAUCUCACUUAACUUUCACUGUUCUAACAAACAUUCAGAACGAUGUCAGAUGCAGGAAACGUCGCUAAAUAAUUCCCGUUAAUCUCUGGAGCUAACAGCCACCAUAAUCUGAGAGGAGCGCCGCCACGGACGAAAAAAAUAAAUAAAUAAACCCAAACAGGAGGAUGAUGAUGAUGAGCAUGCAGUUCUUUACCGGCUUCAUGGAGGUGAGGUGGAACAAACCAAAGACUAAAGAUGAUGUUUACAGGUUUCUAACACACACACACACACACACACACACACACACACACACACACACACACACACACACACACACACACACACACACACACACAGAACAGUUCCCCGACAGAACAUCAGCUCAGACAUCUGAAAGUACAGAUCUGAGUAAUACUGCUUUCACACAUCAUGUCUCCUGAUUUCUUUACAUUUUAUUUUUUUACUGCAGGGAGACACAAACGAGACGAAACAUUUUAAAGGUACAAUUAAAAAAAUAAAUUAUCACCUCGAUGAACCAAAAAUAAAAAUCUGAAUAUUUGCUCUACGUCCUUUCAGCUCCUGUGGUUGAAGUUCCUGUUUCUGACCAGCAGGGGGCGGCACUGCAUCAAAGCCUCAACAGGAGGAAACGGACACAUCUGAUUGGCCGGCGACCUCCAGUCUGGACCAAUCAGAUGAGACACAUUAUUGCCGCCGCUGCUGACAGUUACAGGAUGAUUUUUUUAGAUAUACAUCUGUAUAUAAAUAUAUAUUUUUUCUUUAUUUUUGAGGCAAGGCUGGAUGAUAAAUAAAUCAAAACGUUUUGAAAGGAACUUGACAAUUUUGUUGGUGUUUUUGGUCACAUUUCCGAUUAUUGUGAUUUUUGUGUUUUGCUAUAAUAAAUAGAAAUCAGUCAUUAAAACCACUCUUCUUUUGUGGUUGUAUUUAACCCUGAUAAAUGACUUUUUUUUAGCUUUUGUUAACAAAUCUCAUGAAAAGUCUAAUAAAUUUAAGGUUCUGGUGCUUUUUAACAAAUUUUAUCCUUUUAUUUAUUUUUUACAUCUUUACUGGUUGAAUGAUUGUGGAUCUUUAAACUAUUGAUCAGAUUUUUCUCCUCAAGGGUUGGAUUUUUAAAGUUUCUGCUGUCAUUUUGAAUUUUUCAUGAGAUUGGCUGACAAAACCAAACCAAACAAAUAAACAAACAAACAAACAAACAAACCUCAGGGCACACCACCAGAUCUGGGAAAAUUGACAAUUUUGCUUCUAAUUUUUCAAAACUACCCAGGGAAUAAUCUCACAAGACACAAACUAUUUACACUUUGUUCUUAAAUAAUUCCCUCAAAAUUUGACAAACUAUAACUCCAUGAAGUUUACAUCUACGAUGCAUUUCAAGGAUUUUUAAAAAAGGUUAUUCUUCUUUUGCACUGCCAAAUUAAAAAAAAUCAUAAUAAUCCACGUCUACGACAACGAUCUAUUGCUUUAACGGAUGUUUGGACGUGUUUCUGAGGUAAAACGAGUCUGAGAGGAGGAGGUCAGGGAGUGAGAGUCACGAAGGACAUUCUGUCUCCAGGAUGUUUGUCCGUCUCUGUGAGGACCAUUCUGACGUUAAAAAACAAAACA